CAAACAUGGUGGCAGUGUUGGGGCCUUCGCCGAUCUGGCAUCACUCUUGUUGUUGAUAUAACACAUUUUUAGAUUUAGUUUUUAGCAAUAUAUAGGAAAAACUAAGUAAAAACUAGAUAUGUUGACUCUGAAAACUGCCUCACAGCUGUUUAGGCAGACCCUGUCGGCAGGCAACCUCUCACUUGUUAACACAGCCGGUCUUAAGUACUUUGCGCCGCCCAUCAAAUAUCAGAAUGUGGAGCAGCCGGAACGGCCCAAGCUGAGGAUCAUGGAGCGCCAGCCCCAGCUGCCGCCGAAUAUCCGACCUCCCAAGAUGCAGAAGAGACUGCGCUACAUGCGAGGACCCGAGCUGGUCCACAACACCCUGCUUCACAAGCAGUACGCCAUCGUGGCCACAGGCGGCGGACGGCUGCGCUGGGGUCACUACGAGAUGAUGCGUCUAACCAUCGGCCGGAAGAUGAACACCAACACCAUGUUCGCCACCUGGCGCGUGCCCGCUCCCUGGCAGCCCAUCACGAAGAAGGGCCAGGGCCAGCGCAUGGGCGGCGGCAAGGGUGCCAUCGAUCACUAUGUAACGCCCAUUAAAGCGGGCCGUGUCAUCGUCGAGAUUGCCGGCCGGUGUGAGUUCGUGGAGGUCAAGGGCUUCUUGCAGCAGGUGGCCAAUCAGCUGCCCUUCGAGGCCACAGUCGUCUCGCAGGAGAUGCUGGACGCCCAGCAGGCCCUCGAGGAGCAGCAUGCCCGCGAGAACGAGAACCCCUUCACCAUGAAGUACGUGAUCCAGAACAACCUCAGUGGCUGCCAUCGAUGGCUAUCGCCGGUCGACCACAAGUGGUUCGGCAAGCAUAGAUAGAGUUCGCUAUUAGACCAUGUGUUGCUCCAAUAAAGGAUACUGUUUUGUUAAGAUAA